AUGCGAUACGAUAAUGAAACUGGACACGAACAAAAUUCUUAUACUCCCAAUCCAUUACGCUGUAUUGCUCUAUCAUUAGCAGUAAUCUAUUAUUUUCGACUUCCAACUGCCGAAGAUAAUGCACAACGAGAUGAUAAAAGUACACCAUCACGUGAAGAAUUAUCAUCUGUAAUUUCUGAAUCUAUCCACAAUUUUGAUGAAAUCAUUCAAAAUGAAUUGGAAACAUUUGUUAAUGCUGACAAUUUCGUCAUUCCACAUGGGGUUGCUAUUAAUCAAGCCGUAUGUAUAUAUGCAUUUUUUUCAUUGACUAUCUGUUUAAAUACUAAUAUUUAUUUUUAA